AUGCUGAUCCCUCUGGCCGACUUCCUGAAUCACAACAUGGUGGCCAGUGUCCGAACUGCGACACUUGCAGAGGACGUCCAACUUUCGCAAAGUCUGUUGAAGCUAGCAGCUUUUUUUGAAUUUGCUGAGGGUCCACUGCCUCGCUCAGAGGUCUUUUUUUUCCAAAGCCGCGCACAUCUGAUUCUGCAAGGAUGCUCUACGAUUCGUGGCUACCAAGGAUGUAAUGCCUGGUGA